GCGCCUGUCCGAGCGCUCCAGUCCGGUGAAGCUCGCGACCCGGGGGUUUCAGCGCCACGUGCAUAGAGGAGACGGGAUCCCGGGAUGUUCUUUUCCAUCACAGAGCGCAAGCCACACUCGGGAUAAUUCUCAUCGUCGCUGGUAUUAAUUCUCUGCUUGUCUUGGAGUCUUUCUUUUUUCUGUUUUUCCUGGGAUGGAAGAGUGCGCGCGCGGCACUAUGGCUUGGAGCUCGCGCUCGGGUCUGGCGCUGCCCGCUCGCCUGCUGCUGCUGCUGCUGCUGUUGUUGAGCGGCGGGGCAGGAGUGGCGCGCGCGUUCGGUACAGGCGGCGCGGAGGAGGAGGAGGAGUCGGAGUCCGCGUGCGAACCGAUCCGCAUGUCCAUGUGCCGUGACCUGGGCUACAACGUCACGCGCAUGCCGAACCUGGUUGGCAACGUGCUGCAGGCGGACGCCGAGUUACAGCUGUCCACUUUCACCCCGCUCAUCCAGUACGGCUGCGCCAAACAGCUGCGGUUCUUCCUGUGUUCAGUCUACGCCCCAAUGUGUACGGAGAAGGUUCCGGAGCUGAUUGGUCCGUGUGGCAGCAUGUGUCUGUCCGUGCAGAGGAAGUGUUUGCCCGUACUGCAGGAGUUCGGCUUCUCGUGGCCUGACCUGCUGAACUGCAGCUUGUUCCCGCCCACAAAUGAUCACGCCCACAUGUGCAUGGAGGGUCCGAGUGAGGAGGACGAGGACGACGCUCGCUUUCCAUCGGUGCGCACGCUGCGGCCACGCCACGGCCUUGACGCUGAGUGCAUCCCUCUUGACCAUGACCCUGGAGAUGACCCCACUCCCCCAGACCGCUACGUGUGGUCAAAGCGCAGCGGUUCCUGCGUGCUGCAGUGUGGCUACGACUCUGGAUUAUACAGCCGCUCUGCCAAGACAUUUGCUGAUGCCUGGAUGGCUCUGUGGGCGGGGCUUUGCUUCGUCUCCACCUCCUUCACAGUGUUGACAUUCCUGCUGGACUCGGGACGGUUCUCCUACCCGGAGCGUCCCAUUGCAUUUCUGAGUGUGUGCUACAACGCAUACAGCGCCGCCUUUCUGGUGUUGCUAGCAGCUGGACGUGAGCGCGUGUCAUGUGAUUCGGAUGAGGCUGCCGUCCCCGUCCUGGCUCGGGAUGGAUUAAAGAACUCGGGCUGCGCUGUGGUCUUCUUGUUAGCUUACUUUUUCGGUAUGGCAAGCUCCGUAUGGUGGGUGAUCCUCACACUAACGUGGUUCCUAGCAGCAGGACUUAAGUGGGGACACGAGGCCAUUGAGAUGCACAGCUCCUACUUCCACGUGGCAGCGUGGGCCAUCCCAGCGAUCAAAACCAUCGUGGUGCUCGUCAUGCGCCUGGUCGAUGCGGAUGACCUCACCGGCCUGUGCUACGUCGGCAACCAGAACCUGGAGGCGCUCACUGGUUUCGUGGUGGCACCACUGUUUACUUAUUUGGCUGUUGGGACGCUGUUCAUUGCCGCCGGACUUGUCUCGCUGUUUAAGAUCCGGUCCAACUUGCAGAAGGACGGCGCCAAGACGGACAAGCUGGAGCGGCUUAUGGUAAAGAUCGGCGUCUUCUCCGUACUCUACACCGUCCCGGCCUCCUGCGUUGUGGCGUGCUACUUCUACCGCGUCUCAAAUUGGUCUGACUUCCAGCGAGCGCCGAGUGACUCGUACGCCGCUGCUGAGAUGCUCAGGAUCUUCAUGUCCUUGCUGGUGGGCGUAACUUGUGGCAUGUGGGUGUGGUCUGCCAAGACACUGCAGACCUGGAAACGUCGCUGUCUACGCCUGCUCUGCCCACAGAGCAACACGCGACGGACCCACACCAGCAAAAACGGCGGUGGUAAAGGGAAUGAGACUGUGGUGUGAGGCAGUGAGGAACCGUGUGACAUGGACAGAGCGACAUCUGGUGGACACUUGCUGUCACUGUAGCACAUCAUUGUUCUCUCUCGACAAAUAUCACCAGAUUGUUUUUUUUUUACACUGGACAACAUGGCGCAGUGGAAAACAUGCAGUAAGAUACAAUAGGAAGUUGUGUCAGGACAGGAAGCUGUGACGUGGCAGGAAGUAGCAGGGCCGCUUCUCCAAUUUUGGUGAAUGCACAGUGAGCCGACUGAAGUGCCUUGUUUCUCAGACCUCCUGCUACUCUUCACGUUGUGGUAGUUUUCAUCUAUAAUGCAGCAAAGACACCUGGGAAAUGGAGUUUUUCCUCUUCUCAGUAAACAGCACCAUUUACCUCGGAUCAAGACCACAGCCAUGUGUCCUCUGCGUUCGGAUUCUUGCUGUAUGCAAAAUGGCCACUCACCAUCUCUUCCGUCAUUAGCACUAUGUAGCAAAAAACAGAUCGAGUGAUGUUCAGUAGUGGUUUUGUUUCACUGCAGCUCACUCCAAUGUGGAUGUAUCCUCAGCGCCACACUCUAUUCACUACAUAGUUCACAGAAAACCCCUCGAACAUCAUCAGUCCCUUGUGGACAUGUGGAGUACAUCAUUUGUAUGCAGUGCAUUAUGGGAUUUUGUGUGUGCACUGGAUGUCCUCCAUUACAGGCCCUUUUCUUGUUUCCUGGGUAGCGACAUAACCAGAGCAGGGUUUUCCCUCGGCUUUCAGAGGGCUUAGGUGCUGCCUGGGCUCCGGGGCCGCGGUGCUGGUUGGGGGUUUGAAAUUAUUCGAAGGAAAUUUUAAGUUAUUUAAAAAAAUUUUAUGUUGUUUGCGACCAUUACGCCGUAUUUGUGAAGAAAACCUGGCAACACUUAUCGUACUUAUAGUCAAAAGUCUAUUCAUUUCACCAAGUACCAUGUUGGAGAUUUAAUAAACGUAUAUGUGGAGCUGCAUUUAUAUUUAUAUAUAUAUAUAUAAAUGGCAAAAUAUGCUACAAAUAAUUUUACAAAAAUGAAAUAUGCAAAUUUUGUAGGCAGUCAAGGCACCUUGCACAAUAUGACUGAUGAGAUGAGGUAGACGAGGACUUGCAUCACUGAUUUCGACUGGUUCUUACACUACACUAAAGGAACGGGGGAGAAAACUAUUUCUGUCAGGGGCAGUUGUGGGAAAUGCCACUCAACCCGCAAGCAUUUAAGGCUGUUUGUGUUAAGGAUAACAUCUUUUUUUUUUUUUUUUUUUGAAGCGGUCAGCACCUGUUUUACAUAAUAAUCCAAUGGAGUAGACCGCGUUUUCAAAAAAAAUGCCCUGAGCUUCAUUUGGGACGCUCUGAACUGCAUUUUGAAACUUUUUUUUUUUUUUAUAUGAAAAAACACUUUGGCCAGCGGUUUUCAUCAGAAAAAAAAAAAACGUUACGUGUGAACAAAGCGUAACUUUGUUUAGCUACCAAGCCACGUUAGAUAUUAACGUUAGUCCAGUCGAGGUAUCGUUAUCUAACGUCAUCUAACUAGCUACGCUGCCUAACGUAACUUAAUUCAGUAUCUACGUGAGUUAGCUAGGUUAGCAAUUUCUUAAGUUAUAUUAUAUUAUAACAUUAGUUGUAUCUUUUGAUAUGCUAUCAAUAGUGCGAUAUUGAUAUCGCGUGCACAAAAAUCCCUAAAAAAAAGUUUAUACCUGAUUUAUUCUUUGUUGAUGCUUACCAUAGUGAUGGCUUGCAACUUGCUUAUCCGAGUUGAUGGUUCCAUCCUGAGGUGAAGGUACAGAGAAAUGUCCAAUCAGCUGUUUGAUUAGCAAAGAAAUGUCCAAUCAGCUGUUUGAUUAGCAAAGAAAUGUCCAAUCAGCUGUUUGAUUAGCAAAGAAAUGUCCAAUCAGCUGUUUGAUUAGCUUUGUGAUGAGUUUCUGCCCCAGGCCAAUCUAACAAACACUGAUUGCUCAUUCCUGUUGCCAGCUUACCUUCCCGUCCCAGAUCAUGCCACUUCUCUGUUUCUUUUUUGGUCAGAGCAUAAAACUCUCACCGUUGUUUUAACUUUCAUUCUGAUAUUUAGUCACCUAAAUGCCUCAUUUGGUUUAAGGUGCUCUGCAAAAAUACUUAGGCCUCUAUCUAAGCCUUUCUAUGGUGGGGAAAACCCUGCCAGAGGUCCAGAUAUUAGCAACAGGGUAAAAUUAGGACGGAUCAAAAAACAUUAAUAAAUAUCUUUGAAGUUCACGACUCAUAAGUUAGGUGAUGAGUUUAACCUGGUGACAGGGAGCUGGGAAAACUUCAGAUAACUGCGUCUUAUAGAAAUUAAUACGCAUUUUCAAGUGAGUAAUAGACCAAGGAAGCCUUAUACUCAUCUUUGUUUAAAAAAAAAAAAAAAAAAAAAAAAAAAAUCAGAUGCAGUGUGUUGAUGGUGACCUGAUAGUGAAAAAAACAAAACAAAACUGUGAAAUCAGAUUACUGGAAAUCUGUGUGUUUCCGAUUAGAAAUCUAUUUUUUUCUAGUUAUGCAAAUGUAAAUGUAAAUUUAAAAAAAAAAAAAAAAAAAAAAAAAAGGCCACUUUACUAAAAUAUACCGCAAAAAUUUCAAUGAUUAGACCCAGAAGAUUCUACCGAUUUAGAGAACCUUAAAUUAUAAAUCUAAUACAGUAUUCGGUUUUACAAAGCUCACACUAGGUUUAUCAGAGGAAAUUAAGGUGGGUUGUUGAUGAUGCUUAUCAUACAGUUCUGUGCAAAAGUCUUAGGCACGUGCAAAGAAAUGCUGUAGAGCAAAGACGCCUUCAAAAAUAAUGAAAUUAAAUGUUUCUACAUUUUAAAAAAAUCCUAUAAAGAGCAGUAAACAGUAAUAAAUGAAACAACGUCAGUAUUUGGUGUGACGAUCCUUCGCUUUUUUUUUAAAAAAAACAGUAUCUGAGGUGCAGUGUGUGCAGUUUUAUAAGGAAAUGAGCUGGAAGUGUUACUGAGCAUCUUGCAGAAGCAGCCACAGUUCUUCUGGAGACUUUGACUGUCGACUCGCUUCUUAUUUCUGCAGCGAAACCCAGCAGCCUUCAUUAUGUUUUUAUCUGAAAAGUGUCUCUUAUGGAAUCUGCUGCUUUCUUUACUGACAUACAAACAUUUUUCUGUAACAUUUCAUUUUGUGCCGGAAAACUAAUGUUUGGAAUCUAAAAUGUUUUUGUACUGAAUCAAUAAUGUAGAAGUCAGAAAAUAAACAUCUGUAACAAAGUUUGUACUAGAAAACAAACAAAAAAGGGGGUGGGGGUGCCAAGACUUUUGCACAGUACUGUAUAUCUAAUGUCCUAUCUGCGUGUUCAUGUACUGCAGCUCCAUCCUGUGUGUGUGUGUGUGUGUGUGUGUGUGUGUGUGUGUGUGUGUGUGUGUGUGUGUGUGUGUGUGUGUGGUUCCUCAUUUUUUCUUGACACACCAGUAACACAGCUAGAUUUAUCAACCCUGAACACCUCAGGUGCUUUUCACACUUCCGGGUUUUUGCUUCUGGAAGUAGCUUUCACAGAUAACCUUUACGUCCGCUAGAACAAAAACAAUGUGGUGAAAGAAAUCCGAAUAGAAUCAAACGCAAUUAAUGAGAAGUGGUAUAAAAACAAAAAACAAAAAAAAAAGGAGAACUUCAUUGGAAUCAAAAGGUAUUAGUGCUAGUAGAGUAUUUAAUAAACAACCUGCAAUGGCUAGAAAUAAACCAAGCUAAUCUGACAGACUCUAAAGCUAACCUCAGGUGUGUGUGUGUGUGUGUGUGUGUGUGUGUGUGUGUGUGUGUAGCUCAUUGACUGCUAGCGUGUAGUUCUGAAUAGCGGCUUGCUGUUGUCUACGUUUGACACCGAACAAAGAAAAACACUCGUCUUUCUCGCCACGAGCUCGGAAUUUACUACAAAUGCGGUUCGCUAACGUUAGCAAAAGGAUCCUCUCGGUAAACAAAGGUUUUACUUUUUCACCUGCUCACAUUUUAUCAUUUAUCAUUUUGUAACAUGAUGGAAAUUUACUGAAAUGAGAUAAAUAAUAUCGGUUUGCUACUUCAUCAGUUAACUCUGAUAGCUAGGAAUGAAUUCUUCCAUGAAGAGUUUAGAUCUUUUAUGCAGCUUGGAAUCCUUCGUUGCUGAGUUUUCCAACAAUUCCAGACACAUCUCCAAAGUUUAGUCUUGGCAUCAUGGAUGAACAGGAUUAUGGGAAAUGAUUUUACUCCGUGUAAAUAAGUUUUUUGUCCAAAUAGCUCAAUAUGAGACGCAAAAAUUAAUGUUAUUUACAUCGUGGAUACACUAAACCAUGGUUAUUGAUUAAUCAUCAUGCGCAACACAAACAGGACGAACUACAGCUAUUUCAAAAUGAAUUAACCGCUAAUCAGGUAGUUCGAUAGCGAGUUUUGCUAGCUAGCGACGGAAAAACAAUAAAACUGCCCCCAAAAUAAUACCUAAGAUUCUCUUAAAAGUUUCCGGGAUUUAGUAGCUGGUUGUUUUUCAACUGUCCUGACCACAUGGUUUCUUAAGUUUUAUCUAAAGCUGUGAUUAAAACGCAGAUCUUCUCAGCCUAGGAUGAAUAAACGGAAAGACGUUUACACGUCACCUCGCCCUGGAACAUGACUCCUCCGAUAUUUUUUUAACAUUUUUUUGGAAAAGGUUUAUUAUAAACCAGGUGCAGCAAAGCAGAGACUGGAUUACAAACCCCGAACAUUUCAGGCUUCGCAUUCCCGAACGCCGUCUGGUGUCUGAAACGGUGCCGUAAUCUCGAAUAUUCCCGAAAUAUUCAACACGUGCUCUUGGCUUUAUUGUUUUGUUAAGACACUGUUCUGUUCUUCACUGUGCUUCUAGACACGACUAGAAACAACAACAAGCUCCCUAAAUAGUGCACUAUGUAGUGAAAGAGGGUGUGGACAUUCUACAACCUUCCUGGUCUUAAACAUUAAGAGUGAACUUUUACAAUGAUGAUAUAACAAAUGUCCUCUUGGGCAAGCACACACACACACACACACACACACACACACACACA